AGUUCAGUUCCCUCCUUCCCAGUGGCAAGUACUCAAGUAGUGAAUUAUUCGAAGGUGGAAGUGGAAGAAGCAUCUUUGUAGAAUUGUAGUAGUUGGUCUCCAUUGUAGCAUAGCAUCUCCAUCAUAAUCACAUAAACCUUUUGUUAUUAUUAUUGAUUCAUUGUUCAGCUCAGCAUCUUACUUUCCUUUCGUUAUUCUCUGCUUCGAAGACGAAGAAGAAACAGAACAAAGAUGGAGGAACAUGAGAAUGGCACUGCCGGUAAUGUAACUGAGGAAGAGCCCGCCAUCGGACCCGGCCCAGCCCCUCGAGCCCGCCCCAAGCGUCCCCUCCAGUUCGAGCAGGCUUACCUUGACGCUCUCCCCUCCGCCAACAUGUACGAGAAAAGUUAUAUGCACCGCGAUGUGGUUACGCAUGUUGCUGUUUCAGCUGCCGAAUUCUUCAUAACUGGAAGUAUUGAUGGGCACUUGAAAUUUUGGAAGAAAAGGCCCAUUGGUAUUGAGUUUGCCAAACACUUCAGAUCUCAUCUCGGUCCGAUUGAAGGUCUAGCCGUUAGUAUUGAUGGUCUGCUAUGUUGUACCAUAUCACAUGACCGUUCUGUCAAAGUAUAUGACGUAGUGAACUAUGACAUGAUGGUAAUGAUUCGUUUGCCAUAUAUCCCCGGUGCUGUGGAAUGGGUUUACAAACAAGGGGAUGUCAAAGCUAGGCUUGCCAUUAGUGAUAGGAACUCAUCUUUUGUGCACAUAUAUGAUGCUCGAUCGGGUUCAAAUGACCCUAUCAUUUCCAAAGAGAUACAUAUGGCUCCUAUUAAAGUUAUGAGGUACAAUCCUGUAUAUGAUUCUGUAAUUUCUGCUGAUACAAAGGGGAUCAUUGAGUACUGGAGCCCCACCACGCUUCAAUUCCCAGAAGAUGAGGUCAAUUUUAAGCUGAAGAGUGAUACUAACCUCUUUGAAAUAGUAAAAUGCAAGACUUCUGUUUCAGCUAUUGAGGUCAGCCCGGAUGGUAAACAAUUUUCUAUCACAUCGCCUGACCGCAGGAUACGUGUCUUUUGGUUCAGAACGGGUAAACUAAGAAGAGUUUAUGAUGAAUCUUUGGAGGUUGCUCAAGAUCUUCAAAGAAGCGAUGCUCCAUUAUACCGGCUGGAAGCCAUUGAUUUUGGCCGAAGGAUGGCUGUCGAGAAGGAGAUAGAGAAAACAGAAAGUGCUCCAUUGCCCAACGCAGUUUUUGAUGAAAGUUCUAAUUUUAUUAUAUAUGCAACCUUGCUUGGGAUUAAAAUUAUUAACUUGCACACCAACAAAGUUGCUCGAAUACUUGGAAAGGUGGAGAAUAAUGAUAGGUUCUUAAGGAUUGCAUUAUAUCAAGGUGAUCAAAGUAGUAAAAAAGUAAGAAGGAUUCCUUCAGCUGCUGCUAAUGCCAAUGAAAGCAAAGAGCCUUUGACAGACCCCACUCUCCUGUGUUGUGCUUUCAAAAAGCACAGGAUAUAUUUAUUCAGUCGGAGAGAACCAGAAGAGCCUGAAGAUGCAACUAAGGGAAGAGAUGUGUUUAAUGAAAAGCCUCCUGCUGAUGAGCUUUUGGCAGUUUCAGAUAUUGGAAAGACUGCGACAACCUCACUUCCUGACAAUGUGGUGAGUUAUCUAUGUUAAACCUUACACACCACCAUGGGUGAUAUUCAUAUGAAAUUAUACCCAGAGGAAUGUCCAAAAACUGUGGAGAACUUUACAACUCACUGCCGGAAUGGUUAUUACGACAAUCUUAUUUUUCAUCGUGUCAUCAAGGGCUUCAUGAUACAAACGGGAGAUCCUUUAGGAGAUGGCACUGGUGGGCAGUCCAUUUGGGGGAGGGAAUUUGAGGAUGAAUUUCACAAAAGUCUAAGGCAUGAUAGGCCUUUCACGGUGUCAAUGGCAAAUGCUGGUCCGAAUACGAACGGUUCCCAGUUCUUUAUCACCACAGUAGCCACUCCUUGGUUGGACAACAAGCAUUCUGUAUUUGGUAGAGUUGUGAAGGGAAUGGAUGUUGUUCAGUCUAUAGAGAAAGUGAAGACAGACAAGACAGAUAAGCCAUACCAAGAUGUUAAGAUCCUAAAUGUCACUGUACCGAAGUCCUAAGGUCCAUGGUUUGUGCGGCUAAUUCUGUCGGUCAGUCCUUGCUGGCACUACAAGCUGGGCAGACGAAUAAGCUUCAACAUGAGUAAUUUUAAGUUUCUUUAUAACAACCAUUUUAACAGGCCUUGUACAAAGAGCGGCUCUUAUCUUCAUGUACCAGUCUCCAAGCCAAGCAGUUCAGACUCGGCGAGUCGCGAUCACCUUGCCAUUAUUCCGAUUGCUUUCCAAAAACUCUCAAACAUUUUUGCACAUCAAAUCUUCAUAAGCCAUGUCAACGCCAAGGACUUGCCAGACUGUACUUAAUAUGUAUGCAUGUCCAAAACAUGAAGCAAGACUUUUCUUAUGAAGUGUUUUUCUGGAGUUUUGGACAUAUAUUGACUGUAUUCGGUGUUAUUUAUUCUUAAGGGACUACUAAAGUAGUGAUUGUUACUUGUUAAA